CUGGAGAGUGUGUGUGUGUGUGGGGAGGGUAGUGGCCGUGUGGUCAUGUCAUAGUUCACUCUGGGAGCCUGAUUAAGCCGGUGGACGUGGUCAAGACUUGACAUUAUGGCUAAGAUGAGGACCCAGUUUGGAGUUUUGCUUUUGUUGGCCUUGUGGGUGGUCUACUCUGAUGCUUGGUUCUGGACCUGGACUGGUACGACAACUUUGGCCCCCUUAGUGGACCAUGAAGGAUCUGGCAGUCCAGCAGGUAGUGGAGAGCCACCAUCAGACAGUAUUGCAAGGGUUGGAGCGGAGAUAAUCGAUGAGGGACACGGGAUCCAAAUGGUUGAACAGACUUGGGAUGAGACCACUGAGGCUCCACGACUGACCACUACAACACAACCGGAGAAUGAAGGUGCAUCAGAAAAGGGAACAGCGAGGAUUUCGUCAGGCAUAAGUAAACCUGGUAAUGGCACAUCUUCACUAACGGAAGACAGUGGAGUCUCCCUGCUGCAGCUGAUUGGGGACCCUCCUCCAAAUGAGAUCACCCGGGUCUACGGGCCCGACAACAGCCCCGGCUACGUCUUUGGCCCGGAUGCCAACACGGGUCAGCUGGCUCGCGCCCACCUGCCGAGCCCAUUCUACCGAGACUUCGCCCUCGUCUUCAACCUGAAACCCACCUCGAGCAGGGGCGGCGUCAUCUUCUCCGUCACAGAUGCCUCCCAGCAGAUCAUGUACGUGGGUGUUAAACUGUCAGCCGUGCAGGGCGGCAACCAGAAUGUCAUCCUGUACUACACAGAGCCCGACUCGCAGCAGUCGUACGAGGCGGCCAGGUUCCUCGUGCCCUCCAUGAGGGACACCUGGACUCGUUUUGCCAUCGCUGUGAGGGACGACAAGGUGAUGUUCUACCUCAACUGUGACACGGACCCUCAGGUGAUGCGCAUUGAGAGGUCCCCAGACGAGAUGGAGCUGGAGGCCGGUGCGGGGGUCUUUGUUGGCCAAGCUGGAGGAGCUGAUCCUGAGAAGUUUCUGGGGGUGAUCGGCGAGCUGAGGGUGGUGGGAGACCCCCGAGCUGCUGAGAGGCACUGUGAGGAGGAUGAAGAUGACUCAGAUAUGGUUUCAGGUGAGGGGAGCGGCUAUGAGGAAACCCGACUGCACAAACCGUCCGUGGACAAACACAGAUGGACGACUACUCCUCCAUCUUCCCGGCCCAUUCAGCAGCCGCCACUCAUCAAGAAACAGGAGGGGUCAGUUACAAGAGAAACAGCAAGCGACUCCCAGCACGUUUCAGUUUCUGUGGAGUCCGGACUUCCUGGGUCACCAGGGCCAGUGGGGGCGAGAGGAGAAAAGGGUGACCGAGGGGAUAAAGGAGAGAAAGGAGACAGGGGUCCAAUUGGGCCGAAGGGAGAAUCUGGCUUUGGCUCCAGCUCACGAGGUGGAGCCCGUGGAGAGAAGGGAGAACCAGGUGAAAAGGGAGCAAAGGGCAGUGCAGGCUUUGGCUACCAAGGAACGAAGGGGGAGCCCGGUUCCCCUGGGCCCCCCGGUCCCCCCGGUCCACCAGGGUCCGCAACCGAGUCUUCAGCCUGCAGUGACGGCUCCGCUCCGGUCUGCAGUGACGGCUCAGUUGCUUCCACAGCCCCCGGACCCCGAGGACCAGCUGGACCACAGGGUGCCCCGGGAGCCCAGGGACCACCAGGAGCUGACGGAGAGCCAGGUGAUCCAGGCGAGGAUGGAAAAACUGGUCCUGAUGGACCUCCAGGCUUCCCGGGAACGCCAGGUGACGCUGGACCUAAAGGAGAGAAGGGAGACCGCGGAGAGGGUCAACCUGGCCCCAGGGGACCCCCAGGACCUCCGGGACCCCCAGGACCAGGACUCAGAUCUACUUUUGUGGACAUGGAAGGUUCUGGGUUCCCAGAUCUGGAAUCUGUUCGGGGACUGCCGGGCCCACCAGGUCCCCCUGGUCCCCCUGGCCCCCCCGGUCCCUCUACAGCAGGCACAGGAGUGAGUUCUGGGGCUUUUGGACCAGCAGGAAAGGAUGGGGCGCCUGGUCAACCUGGUCUGCCUGGUUUGCCGGGUACUGAUGGCCUCCCAGGAGCUCCUGGUCCCAAGGGAGAAAAGGGAGAUUCAGGCGAGCUGGGUCUUCCAGGACCAGUUGGAGAGAAGGGAGCUCAAGGAGAACCUGGUUUACCGGGACCUGCAGGAGAUGCUGGGUUGGCUGGUCUGCCUGGGCCCAUGGGACCAGUUGGGCCACCUGGGCCUCCUGGGCCUCCUGGACCAAGUUAUCGUGUUGGAUUUGACGACAUGGAGGGCUCUGGUGGAGGUUUCACCAAUGGACUUCCUGGCGUCAGAGGACCAGAAGGAAUACAGGGUCCUCCUGGCUUGCCUGGACUUCCGGGUAAACCUGGGUUCCCUGGUCUACCAGGUCAAAAGGGCAGUGAAGGUGUUGUAGGAAGAGAUGGGCAACCAGGACUGGACGGCUUCCCUGGACCUCAGGGACCAAAGGGUGACCGAGGCGACAAAGGAGAAAGGGGUGAACAAGGUCGAGAUGGAACCGGACUCCCGGGUCCACCCGGUCCACCUGGACCUCCGGGACAAAUCAUCUACCAGACAUCUGGCAACUUGGAUGGUGUCGUCGGCAGUAUCGGGCCUGAGGGAGGACCUGGUUUACCUGGUCAAGCUGGAUUCCCUGGUCCUAUUGGACCAAAGGGGGACAGAGGAGACCCUGGUCCUGCAGGCUACGGAGUGAAGGGGGAGAAAGGUGAGCCAGGCUUGGUAAUCGGACCCGAUGGGAACCUUCUCUCUCUGGAAGGGCUGACAGGUGUGAAGGGAGACAGGGGACCACCUGGACCUGCUGGGCCCCCUGGCCCGUAUGGACCUUCUGGAUUAAAGGGUGAAAUUGGAAUGCCUGGAAGACCUGGUCGCCCUGGUGUUAAUGGAUACAAGGGUGAGAAAGGAGAGGCAGGAGUUGGUUCCAGCUAUGGCUACCCAGGAGUCCCUGGCCAACCAGGACCACCCGGGCCACCUGGACCCCCUGGACCAGCCAUUCCCUUAGAUCGCUUCAAUCGCUAUGAUGAGACUUCAAGAAAUUACCCAGCUAUUAAAGGGGAAAAAGGAGAGCGUGGUGAUCGAGGACUUCCAGGAAUCCCAGGAACAGCCUCUAAUUUUGAUAUUUACACAUUCAAGAAUGAACUGAAGGGAGAGCGUGGAGAGUCAGGUGUGAAGGGAGAAAAGGGAGAGCCUGGUGGUGGAUAUUAUGACCCGCGUUAUGGAGGAGCACAAGGCCCACCAGGGCCUCCUGGCAAACCAGGCCUGCCGGGUCCCAAAGGAGAUCCCAUAGUAGGCCCUCCUGGACCUCAGGGGCCACCAGGGCCACCAGGGAUUGGUUACGAUGGGCGCCCAGGUCCUCCAGGACCACCUGGACCUCCAGGAUCUCCCUCUCUUCCCGGAGCAUAUAGACCCAGUACUGUCAGUAUCCCAGGACCUCCUGGUCCUCCUGGUCCACCUGGAAGUCCUGGUCUCUCCUCUGGGGUGACAGUUUUGAGGUCAUACGACGUUAUGAUUGCUUCUGCCAGACGGCAGGCAGAGGGCAGCCUCAUCUACAUCAUAGACAAAGCAGACCUCUAUUUGAGAGUGCGCAAUGGACUGCGGCAAGUCAUGCUUGGAGAUUACAGUCCCUUCUUCAGAGACCUGGAGAACGAGGUGGCAGAGGUCCAGCCUCCACCUGUGGUCCUCUACCCCCAGGCCCAGGACCAGUCCCACAACAACGGAGCCGGCCAUUACUCCCAGGGUGGCUCGGCCAUCCGACCCAUUGAGCCUCCACCACACCCACCUGUAAACCCCAGAUACCCUCCACAGUAUGAUCCCAGAUUCCCAGACCCGAGAAACACAGGUCACACAGAUGGAAGAUUAGCCACCCACGAGACAGAGAACAGAUACCCUGUCACUCCACAGCGGAGACCCAGCCCACCUGUACCGCAGCCCGGUGGCCAUGUGCACACAUCGGGAUCAGGACUACACCUCAUCGCCUUGAACGCUCCUCAAACUGGUAACAUGCGAGGAAUCCGCGGGGCAGACUUCCUGUGCUUCCAGCAGGCCCGAGCUGUAGGUCUGAAGGGGACUUUCAGAGCUUUCCUGUCCUCCAAGCUGCAAGACCUCUACACCAUCGUCCGCCGGUCGGACAGGGACAGCUUCCCCAUCGUGAACCUCAAGGACCAAGUGUUGUUCAGCAGUUGGGAAUCUGUCUUCGGUGACAAUGCCAGCAAAAUGAGGGAGAAUGUACCAAUCUACUCCUUCGAUGGCCGAGAUAUCCUCAGGGACAGUGCAUGGCCAGAGAAAAUGGUCUGGCAUGGAUCAAGCAACAAAGGCCACCGGCAAACAGACCACUACUGCGAAACAUGGCGGGCGGGCGACCGUGCUGUGACGGGUCUGGCAUCAUCGCUACAGAGCGGCCACCUCCUGCAACAAACCUCCAGCAGCUGCUCCGGCUCCUACGUCGUCCUCUGCAUUGAGAACGCCUUCACGUCACACUCCAAAAAAUAAAUCCCGUCCAUCCUCCCUCCUUUUUUUUUUUUUUUGUUCUGAGCUCUAGUUAAACAUGGUUUUAAUUCCCUGAUGAUAACACGCCUUGUGAUCACGUGGCGUCCGAUGAACUGGCCCUGUGGCUCUUUGCCUGGCAGAGACGCUUUGCAUUGUCUGCUCCUCCCCUCCAUAAACGCCAAAGAGAUGGGUCGAACAGAGGGGUGUUGGUCCUUUUUCUCGGGGGCAUUGGCACAUAUUUUCUCCAAGGGGUGAAACGAGGGCGGAAAAGCUAAAUGCAUUCUCAUAUCGUAUCCAUUUUUUUAUUCUGUAUAUUACAUGUUUGUCUUUUGUGAUUUUUAAAAAAAAAUGUUUUUGACGUUAUCAAUGUUUUACCUUUUGAACUGUUUAUAAUAAUGCUAUAUCCAUCCUGUUAUUGUUUUUUUUUAUUUUAGGUAUUGAUCAUUUCCACAUUUUUUUCCAAUUUCAUUUUAGAAUUGUGGGUUAUGAUGGGGUACAGCAAACUUUUAAAGACUAUUUUAAAUUUAAAGAAGAUAAUAGAUAUUUAUUUUUAAAUGAAGUUAUGUAAGGACAAAAAAAAUGAUUUGGAAAAAUAAAAAAUGCUAAAUACCCUCACUUAUAUUUUGCAUAGCACUGACCAUUCAGUUCUUUUCAAAAGAGCUUCUGAUCAGAAACUGUGCCUUAUCACACAACCAGGAACGCUCACAGUGAACCACUUCUUUUGUUUGCAUUAUUCUACAAACAUGUAAACUUUACAGCGUUUUUAGUGCAUUCUUAUGCUUUUACUUCACACUACAUUUCAAUGACCUUGCUGGACACAGACACUACUGUAAUGAAUAAUCCCACAUCCAGAGGGCAAGAUUCCUUCUAGCUGAAAUUGAGCCUUUGAAUCAAAAAUGAUGAUUUCCCCUUUAACCACUUCAUUAAAGCCUAUCAGCGAGUAAGCUGGAAAUGAUUAGUUUGCUGCUAAUCUUUGUUGGAGUGAUUGCUGUCACGGGUGUUAGGGACAGGAAACCAGUUUGUUAACGAGGCAGUUUUUGCAGUAGCCUUGCAUUGAUUUUCAGAGACUAACCUGGCCGUAGUGCUACUGACGUCUUGACUGAACCUGUGGAUAUCAAUUUUUAUAACAAAUCGUGCUGUACUGUUUCUCCCAGGCACUGAAUAAAAGUCUUUUUCAACUACAA